GCAUGGCGGGGUUGCCGGAAGAAGUGGCGAAGUUACUUUUGAGGGGACUCUGGUGGCGGCGGCGUGUCAGGGGCUACGGCCCCGGAGGAAGAGGAGCCGACUCGCGCAUCCCCCGGCUGUUUCCAGGGCAACGGGAGGAGACCCCCCACGCGAGAGGCCGCCCACAAGCCCCCGCGCGCAGCCAUGAGCCCCGCCCCCCACUGGUGCUCGGAGAGGGGCGGGACCUGGAGCGAGGCUGCUCCGUGACCCCACCAUGUCCUCCCCCACCACGACCUCCUUGGACACUGCCCUGCCUGGAGAUGGCCCCGCGCAGCCCAGCACCUCCUCCCCCUCGCCCGCCGUGAAGGAAGAGGGCCCCGAGCCCUGGCCCGAGGCCGCGGACCCUGCUGGCCCAGGCAGCGAUGAGGCCGGCUCGGCCUGCGUCGUGGUGGCCGUGGAGCCGGAGGAGGAGCCGGAGCGCAAGCGGAAGAAGGGCCCGGCGCCGAAGAUGCUGGGCCACGAGCUCUGCCGCGUGUGCGGGGACAAGGCCUCGGGCUUCCACUACAACGUGCUCAGCUGCGAGGGCUGCAAGGGCUUCUUCCGGCGCAGCGUGGUCCACGGCGGGGCUGGCCGCUACGCCUGCCGCGGCGGCGGCGCGUGCCAGAUGGACGCCUUCAUGCGGCGCAAGUGCCAGCUGUGCCGGCUGCGCAAAUGCAAGGAGGCCGGCAUGCGGGAGCAGUGCGUCCUCUCUGAGGAGCAGAUCCGGAAGAAGAAGAUUCGGAAGCAGCAGCAGCAGCCGGCGCCUGGGGAGCCCGGGGGCAGCAGCGGCUCAGCCGCCGCGCCGGGGGCGUCCCCCGGGGGUGCGGAAGCCAGCGGCCAGGGCCCCGGCGAAGGCGAGGGCGUCCAGCUCACGGCGGCCCAGGAGCUGAUGAUCCAGCAGUUGGUGGCAGCCCAGCUGCAGUGCAACAAGCGCUCCUUCUCUGACCAGCCCAAAGUCACGCCCUGGCCCCUGGGCGCGGACCCCCAGUCCCGAGACGCCCGGCAGCAGCGCUUCGCCCACUUCACGGAGCUGGCCAUCAUCUCGGUGCAGGAGAUCGUGGACUUCGCCAAGCAGGUGCCCGGCUUCCUGCAGCUGGGCCGCGAGGACCAGAUCGCGCUCCUGAAGGCGUCCACCAUCGAGAUCAUGCUGCUGGAGACGGCCCGGCGCUACAACCACGAGACGGAGUGCAUCACCUUCCUGAAGGACUUCACCUACAGCAAGGACGACUUCCACCGGGCAGGCCUGCAGGUGGAGUUCAUCAACCCCAUCUUUGAGUUCUCGCGGGCCAUGCGGCGCCUGGGGCUGGACGACGCCGAGUACGCCCUGCUCAUCGCCAUCAACAUCUUCUCGGCCGACCGGCCCAACGUGCAGGAGCCGGGCCGCGUGGAGGCGCUGCAGCAGCCCUACGUGGAGGCCCUGCUCUCCUACACGCGCAUCAAGAGGCCGCAAGACCAGCUCCGCUUCCCACGCAUGCUGAUGAAGCUGGUGAGCCUGCGCACGCUGAGCUCCGUGCACUCGGAGCAGGUCUUCGCCCUGCGACUCCAGGACAAGAAGCUGCCGCCCCUGCUGUCCGAGAUCUGGGAUGUGCACGAGUGACGCCGGCGCACCCCGCCCCGCCGCCGCGCCCCGCCGCCGCCCCUGCCUUCCUUCUCUGGGUGGGAGGGGCCUGGCUGGGCCCCUGGGCCCACCUGGCGGCCUGGAGCAAGGCCCAGGCCCCUGCAGCCCUCGGACGAGCCCCAGCGAGUCUUCCAGGAGGGCGGGCGGGUCUCAGGCCUCCAGCUCUGGCCCUGCCAGCCGCCCUCCCCGCCCGGCUUACCCUCACCACCACUGCGCAGUGCACCUUGAACAGAGGGGGCGGGCCCGCGGCCCCCCGCAGCCUGACCGCCACGGCCCCUCCUCCUCUGAGCCUUUUAUUUAAUAAAAACUAAAAUCAGCAAAAACAGGGAAACGUAGA